AGGCUAGGGCGCCGUCGCCGCCAUCUCCACCGCACCAGUGGUGCGGCACCACCUCCCGCUUCCAAUCCCAUGGAGCCGCCGUCGCCGUCGUGUUUCUCGAAGAGGCCGUCGUCCAAGGACAUCGCCGGCGACCGAGCCAAGCCUUGCGAGGAUGGCUCCUCUGCUCUCUCCCCUAUCCUGCCGACGCCCUCUUCAGCUCCUGCUCCUCCGCCGCCGUCAAAGGGGAUAGCCAGGGACCAAGCCGAGCCCUGCGUGGCUGCUCCCUCCCCGAUCCCGGUGAUGGCCUCUUCGGCCCCUGCUCCCCCGCCUCCUCCUAUUCUACCCCAAGAUUUGAUGGAAGUUACCAUGGGUGAU